AAGGUCCAUUCAACAAGAGCUACGUCUUUCCAUUUCAUCGGUUUUGUUGCGGAGAUCAUGAGGGCAUGGUAGUCACCUCCAUAUACCCUUCUCUUGCACUGCAAUCCAUCAAUCCCUGAAACUCCUCCCCCUCUCUACUCCCUCCGACCACCCUGACAAGCACAAGCACAAGCACCCUAUUCCCAGACGACGAGAUAGACUGGAUUUCUCCUACUGCAAUUCCUGCAGUCAGCCCGCUCAUCAUGAGUUACAUGAAGAAGGAUGAGGAUGCUGAUCAGUCUAUGAUUAAGCUGGAUCGGACCUCUGUCUUUCAAGAUGCACGACUGUUUAAUACAUCGCCAAUCUCUCCUCGACAAUGCCGCACCCUGCUCACCAAGAUCGCUGUUCUGCUCUUCACCGGAGAGCAGUUCCCGACAAAUGAGGCCACCACAUUGUUCUUUGGUAUCUCCAAGCUUUUCCAGAACAAGGAUCCCUCGCUCCGCCAGAUGGUCUAUCUUAUUCUCAAAGAGCUUGCAAACACCGCGGAGGAUGUGAUCAUGUCAACCAGUAUUAUCAUGAAGGAUACGGCAGUCGGUAGUGAUGUCCUAUACCGAGCGAAUGCUAUCCGAGCUUUGUGUCGCAUCAUCGACGCUACCACCGUACAAGGUAUCGAGCGAUUGAUCAAAACUGCCAUUGUCGACAAGACCCCGUCGGUUUCCUCCGCGGCCCUGGUUUCCUCGUAUCACCUCCUCCCCAUUGCGCGUGACGUCGUUCGCAGAUGGCAAAGCGAGACUCAGGAAGCGGCGUCCUCCUCUAAACAAUCGACUGGUUUCCUGGGUUUCGGUGGCAGUUCCCAGGCUCAUGCCAUCUCGCAGUCGAAUUUCAUGACCCAAUACCAUGCAAUUGGUCUUCUGUACCAGAUGCGCUCGCAUGAUCGCAUGGCGCUAGUGAAGAUGGUCCAGCAGUACGGAGCGGCAGGUGUUAUAAAGAGCCCCGCCGCCCUUGUUCUUCUCGUGCGACUCGCCGCCAAGCUAGCCGAGGAGGACCCGGGUCUGAGGAAGCCGAUGAUGCAGAUGCUAGAUGGCUGGCUCCGACAUAAGCAUGAAAUGGUGAACUUCGAGGCGGCCAAGGCGAUCUGCGACAUGAGGGAUGUCUCCGACGCAGAGGCGUCACAGGCCGUCCAUGUGCUCCAAUUAUUCCUCUCCUCUCCCCGCGCGAUUACCAAGUUCGCCGCUAUCCGUAUCCUCCACCGCUUCGCGUCGUUCAAACCCCAUGUUGUGAAUGUGUGCAACCCGGAUAUUGAGUCCUUAAUUUCAAACACCAACCGUUCCAUCGCUACCUUUGCUAUCACCACCCUCCUGAAGACCGGCAACGAGGCUAGCGUCGACCGUCUGAUGAAACAGAUCUCGGGCUUUAUGGCCGAUAUCACCGAUGAAUUCAAAAUUACCAUCGUGGAAGCCAUUCGCACUCUCUGCUUGAAGUUCCCAAGCAAGCAGGCUGGCAUGUUGUCUUUCUUGAGUGGCAUUUUGAGGGACGAAGGUGGCUAUGACUUUAAACGCAGUGUGGUUGAAAGCAUGUUUGACCUCAUCAAGUUCGUCCCGGAGAGUAAAGAAGAUGCCCUCGCCCACCUGUGUGAAUUUAUUGAGGACUGCGAAUUUACCAAGCUGUCCGUCAGAGUCCUGCACCUCCUUGGUGUGGAGGGCCCGAAGACAUCGCACCCUACCAAGUAUAUCCGUUAUAUUUAUAACAGAGUCGUUCUGGAGAACGCCAUUGUUCGUGCUGCCGCUGUUACCGCUCUGGCUAAGUUUGGUGUCGGCCAGAAGGAUCCCGAGGUCAAGUCUAGCGUUUCCGUCCUUCUUACCCGUUGUCUUGAUGAUAUCGAUGAUGAAGUCCGUGAUCGGGCCGCGCUGAACCUCCGAUUGAUGUCUGAGGAGGAUGAGAUGGCCAAUUUGUUCGUCAAGAAUGAAUCAAUGUACUCACUGUCUACGUUCGAGCAUCAACUCGUCAUGUAUGUUACCUCGACGGAUAAGGAAACCUUCGCGACAGCAUUCGACGUGGCGACGAUUCCUGUUGUCUCGCAAGAACAGGCCCUGGCCGAAGAGCGUACCAAGAAACUUACCAGUGCUACACCCACCCUCAAGGCCCCGUCCGCCGGACCUCCAAAGGGCGCCAAGGCAAACGGUGUGGCGGAAGCUGCUACCGCCGCUGCCACCCAGAAAUACGCGGAGCAGCUCAUGCAGAUUCCAGAGCUCAAAGCAUAUGGAACAUUGCUCAAAUCCUCUGUUCCGGUGGAGCUCAGCGAGAGCGAAACCGAAUACGUUGUCACUGCCGUUAAGCACAUUUUCAAGGAACACAUCGUUCUGCAGUAUGAUAUCAAGAACACCCUUCCUGACACUGUCUUGGAAGACGUGACGGUUAUUGCGAGCCCGUCCGAGGAAGAUGUCCUAGAGGAGGAAUUCAUUGUUCCUGCACCAAAGCUCAAGACCAACGAGCCUGGAAUUGUUUAUGUCACCUUCAAGAAACUCGAGGGCGAGCAGAGUGUUCCCGUCGUCGCGUUCACCAACAACCUCAAGUUCACCAGCAAGGAAAUCGACCCAACAAGCGGCGAACCCGAGGAAAGUGGAUAUGACGAUGAAUACCAGGUCGAGGACCUUGAGCUGACAGGCAGCGAUUAUGUGAUUCCCACCUUCGCUGGCAGUUUUGAUCACGUCUGGGAGCAGACUGGUGCCAAUGGCGAGGAAGUCAGCGAGACGCUCCAGCUCAGCAACAUGAAGGGCAUUACAGAUGCUACCGAGCAGCUCAUCUCUGCACUGUCCCUGCAACCUCUCGAAGGUACCGACGUGGCUCUCGGCACUAGCACCCAUACCCUCAAAUUAUUCGGAAAGACAGUACUAGGCGGCCGAGUCGCGGCUCUGAUCAAGAUGGCCUACUCCAGCAAGUCUGGAGUUACGACCAAGAUCACCGUCCGGGCCGAAGAGGAAGGUGUUGCCUCGGCUGUCAUCGCAUCUUUGGCUUGAUGCUGUCCACUGUAAAUGGUCAUGGAACGUGGAUGGAGUUUCCCCGACGAGUCUUGCAUCAUGAAAAUCAGACUUGUCUGACUCUUCUUUUCUAUCUUCCUUUUUUUCUUCUUCUUUCCCCUUUUGUAUUUCCCCCCUUUCCCCCCCCCAUCUAUAAUCCAGGUGUCGAGUUAGAUGCGAUGAAUAUUUUUUGUGUAGGCGUCCAAAUCCAUUAUUCCAUGCCUUUUUCUUCUUCUUCUUCUUCUUCUUCUUCUUCUUCUUCUUUUUUUUUUUUUUUUUUUUU